CGGAGUCCCACUAGGGUUUUGACUCUGAAAAUCCCAGAUCAAAAGGAGAGCUGGCUUUAGCCUUCCUUAUCUGAAUUAACGCAGAAAUUCUAAUCCGUUUAAAAUUAGUUUUACCAUGUGCCAUGCGUAGGACCGUGAUUCAGCGUCAGAUUCGGGUACGAAGAAUCGUAUUGAUUAGCAUGCAUAAUCUUUGUGUUCAAUUAUAAAAGUUUACGGAAGAAAAGUUUUGGAAAGGACAUGAUUGCCAUUUGCUGAUUUGCGUCACCCCACGCUUGUGGACAUGAUUGCCUUUACAUACCCGCUCGUGAAUGAUGCUGACAUUAGAGCAGCGUUAACGAGUCCUCUCUCCUCCGCCUCCUCUGCUGCAUCCCAUCCCAUCCCAUCCUCGGGCGGCGCACCAAGGAAAACCAGCACCCUCCUCAACCCGAACGGGGAAACCAUGAGGUCUCCUCCGUCCCGCAGCCGCAGCCCCAACUCCUCCUUCCACCACAAGGGCAGACUCCCAUUGCCGGCCUCCGACCUCUCCCCGGCCGAGCCCUGGCUUGACGACGUCGGCACCUUCGACGCGGACCAGCUGGCCCGAACCCUCGCCGGCAUCAAGGCCAAGGGCCUCCGCCCCGACCUCCUCGGCUCCAUCAUCUCCCGCUACGCCUCCCGGUGGCUCCCCGAGCUGGCCACCGGCCGCGCCGCGGAUCCCUCCCCGGCAACCGAGAGCCCCACCGCCGCCUGGCUCCAGAAGCGCUUCCUCGUGGAGACUCUCGUCUCUGUCCUCCCCCCGGAGAGGGACGCCGUUCCCUGCGACUUCUUGCUGAGGCUCUUGAGGACGGCGAGCAUGGCCGGGGCUGAGGCCGGCUGUAUCAGCGAGCUGGAGGCGCGUGCGGGGCGUCAGCUGGACCAGGCGACGCUGCGGGAAGUGAUGAUACCGGCAUUCACCCACACGUGCGGGACGCUGCUGGACGUGGGGCUGAUGCUGAGGCUGGUUAAGCGGUUCCUCGGGGCGGAGGAGGGCCCUGCGGUUGUGGCGAGGAGCGGCGCGGCGGGGCUGGCCAAGGUGGCGAAGCUGGCGGAUGCGUACCUGGCGGAGGCGGCGCUGGACGCCGGGCUGACGGUGGCGGAGUUCGAGGAGCUGGCUCGGGCGGUGCCGGGCUACGCGCGGGCCACCGACGACGGCCUGUACCGGGCCAUCGACACGUAUAUCAAGGCCCAUCCGAACGCAGGCAAGCAAGAGAGGAAGGCCCUAUGCAGGCUCAUCGACGCUCGGAAGCUGUCUUCGGAGGCCUCCGUCCAUGCAGCCCAGAACGAGCGCCUCCCCGUCCGAUCCGUGAUCCAAGUCCUCUUCUCGGAGCACUCGAAGCUCAACCGGAUCUCCGAGGGGAGUUGGUCGUUUGCUGGGUUACGGAGCCCGAAUCCGGCCCUCGAACCUCCACUUCGUGUCCCCUCCAAAAGAGAGGUCUUGGCCCAGCAGCAUGAGGUGCGUAAACUCAGGGAGGACGUGGCCAGGCUCCAGGUCCAGUGCCAUGCGUUGCAGGCUCAAGUAGACAGGCUUAGUUUGGAGAAGAGGAAGAAGGGGUUCUUCAGGUGGAGUUCUUUGCUGUUCAGAAGCGCUGAUGUGGUGGAGAAGGUUGAGGACUAUGAGGUCGGGGCGGAGCGCCGGACACCGAUGGAUGCCAAGAAGGGAAGGCUGGCUCAAGAAAAGGGCACACCACCCAAGUGGCGCAACUCCAUGUCUUGAAGAAGAAUUGCAACCGAGUGAUCUUGUGAUUAAUCUUCUGCUAUUGUAACCUUUAUAGUCUAAUAUCUUGCAUCGUGUUCGAAUGAUAUGUCUACAGCCCAAAGUAAGCGAGAAUGCAAUGUUACCCUUCAAUAAUA